UACAAAAAACGGUACAAUGCCUCAGUUCAAGAAGGGAGAUUCUGUUCGCUACAAGCCUGUCGGAGGACCUGAGUCCAAGACAUCCGAGAGCGUCGGUAUAGUCCGUGAAGUUAGCACUGUGCCUACCCAGCUUACGGGCCGAAACGUCGAGGCGUCGAGGGAAGAGCCCCGUUACGAGAUUGAAAACAGCCAUACGCACAAGAGGUCUGCCAUUAAGGAAGCCAACAUCAUCGGGCCUGCCGAGUAGAAGAUGG